UCGACGUAAACGCCUUGCACUUCCGGGUUUGGCGCAGCCUUCAGGAGAUACAAAGAAGACAGGCUGACGGGAACAAUGGCUGACGUUUCUCUGUAUCUCACCAACGUUAACGUGUCGUUAGGACGGGGCAUGGACACGGGGCAGAGUCAAAGCCCGAACCCGGGGAGGGACUUCGAGAGCGUGGAGCUGGGCGAGCUGGGCAAGACGGCCGAGCCGAGGGAGAAGGUCCCCCGCCGGAUCAUCCACUUCUCCAGCGGGGAGACCAUGGAGGAGUACAGCACCGACGAGGAGGCGGAGGACCCGGAGGCGGAGAGGAAGGACCUGCUGGCCCCUCCGGUCGAUGCGGUGAGGUCCAAGAUGACCUGGGGGCCAUACUUCUGGUUCCACAUGUGGAGAGCAGCCACGUCCACCAUCUCAGCAUGUGACUACCUUGGGGAGAGGAUGGCGUCCCUGUUCGGUAUAACGUCGGCCAAGUACCAAUAUGCCAUCGAUGAGUACAACAGGAUAAAGAAGGAGAAAGAGGAGGAGACGGAGGAGAACCGGCUCUCGGAGGAAGCGGAGCGGACCUUUGACCAGCUCCAGUCUCGGGAAGGGACCGACGAGCCAAUCGCGUCGACGGAGGGACGGGGGGCGGCGUCUGUUUCCUCCGAUGUGACCCAUCGGGCGGAGGAGGGGGUCCCGGCCGCUCCGAACACGAUCACCGUCCCGGUGAUCGUCACCGCAACCUAACCCUUCCCGAGAAAAGGACGUUUUCAGUCUUUAAUUUGUCUGUGAAGGAACACACACAGUCUUGUUUCACCAAAACGGUUUGGUUUGUGUAUAACGCAGCUUAUAACGGGCGGCGGCGCUGUGUUUCGGCUGAUUGGCGAGGACAGGUGGGGUGCAGCAACGUAGGAAUUUAGAAACCUGGUUUUUGGAUCUGUGGCAACAUAUUUUAGACCUUCAAACACACGCGGCGGGGCAGAUUUUAGGGAAUAAACGCUCGCCGUUGCGGGUUGCUAUUUCAACCUCCACUCUAUGCUAUCUAUGGAGGACCGAGCGCUCUCCUGUGCCUCCUACUGACCACACACAGUGCCUAUACCACCGACCCAGGCGGUGCCAGAUGCGGGCUAAGCUAAGCAUCCGUUUGUCCACGUCCCUGCGGGCGGUUUACGCUUCAUAUUCAAACAGCCGCUCUGUCUACGCCUGUUUGCACUGACGCCCUGGAUCCACCUGGCUGCACCAAAGGGCUGGCCAUUUUAACACUCCCUCACACAUUGCUUUGAUAUGCAUGCCGUAUGUUGACGUGUUUAAAGGUUCCGUGUUAAGACUCGUGUUGCACUUAUUAAACCGUGGCUGUCGGAACCUCUUUUUGGCCGCUGGAUAGGCUAACGUUUAGCUCCAACAAAAUAAUGAAAAGUGGCCGUAAGGGGUGUGUGUAUGUGUGUGUGUGUGUGUGUGUGUGUGUUUUGCUGUUAUUUAUCUGCCUUAUUUACUGUGAACAUGAGGAUAGUCUGUGUUGUGUAACAUUACCAUAAUGGCUAAAACAAUUAUGACACCAAGUCUGUUUAAGGACCUAUAAACUUAAAUUUCUAACCAUUUGUAAGUAGUUUUUUACACUUAUUUAUUUUUCUUAACUUAUUGAGCUGUUAAUUUGAACAUUUUCUAUUGUUUUCGUAACACAAGAAUAAACAGUUGAGUCUGAUUUUUA